AGUCGCACACAGAUCUUGCUUAGUCCGGACAGAAUGAACUCCACAGUCUUUGGAAUAUUUGAAAUACCGCCUGCAGAUCCUUGGAUAGAGCACAUACCCUUACUCAACUCACCAUGGCCUAUUACACUAAUCGUUUUGGCAUAUUUAUUAUUUGUCUUCAAGUACGGGAAAAUAUUUAUGGAGCACCGCAAGCCGUACAAUUUGAGAAAUGUUAUGCUCACUUAUAAUAUUUUUCAGGUGAUCUACAAUGCAGCUAUAUUUAUUAUGGCAAGUAUCAUAAAUACCCUUCCGCUAGACCAUCCGAGAAAGAAUAUCGAACGCUGGCUUACGUAUGCCUACUUUCUCAACAAGGUGCUCGACCUGAUGGACACCGUGUUCUUUGUGCUGCGCAAGAGCUACAAACAGAUUACAAUGCUCCAUGUUUACCAUCACAUGAUGAUGGGUGUAUACUAUAUCAUCCUACAUCCGGCGUACGACCUACGAUGCAUGGAACCCGGUGCGGAAGACCAUCCGGAUAAGAGUGUAGAGCGCUGGAUAACAUGUAGCUACUUCCUGAAUAAAGUGUUAGAUCUGUUGGACACUGUGUUCUUUGUGCUGCGAAAGAGCUACAAGCAGAUAACUAUACUCCAUGUUUACCAUCAUGUCCUGAUGGUUUUUGGAGUAUAUUGGUUGGUGCGGCUGUACGGAGUUGGUGGCCAAUACAUGAUGACGGGAUUCUUUAACUCCUUUGUGCACACCGUCAUGUAUUUCUACUACUUUAUUUCGGCAUUGUAUCCGGAGCUUAAGAGCAGCCUCUGGUGGAAGAACUCUUCCAGUCUACAGUAA